AUGUCUACGCAAAAGGCUGUCGUCAUCAUAUCGCCAAAGGUUGCAGGUUUGGUCACUGACAGACCAAUCCCUAAGCUUCGCGAUGAUUACAUCCUCGUAAAGACCGUUGCUGUGGGUCUAAACCCUACCGACUGGAAACACAUCGAAUACGUUGCAUCCCCCGGUGUGCUAGUAGGCUGCGACUAUGCCGGUACAGUAGAGGCCACUGGCAAAGACGUCCACGAGUCCUUCAAGAAGGGUGAUCGUAUCUGCGGCUUCGUCCACGGCUGUAAUGACGUUCAGCCUGAGGACGGUGGCUUUGCUCAAUAUAUCGUGGCCAAGGCUGGCGUGCAGAUGAAGAUUCCCGACCACCUAUCCUUCCAAGAGGCCGCCACUCUAGGUGUUGGUAUCACCACAGUUGGCCAAGGUCUCUACCAAAGCCUGAAACUGGCUCUUCCCACCGAUCCGACCUGGGAUAAAACUCCUCUCCUCAUUUACGGUGGUUCUACAGCAACUGGCACACUGGCUAUUCAAUUCGCCAAGUAUUCCGGCUACACUGUCAUCACUACUUGCUCUCCACGCAACGUGAACCUUGUUCGUAGCGUCGGAGCUGAUCACGUCUUCGACUACAAUGUCCCCGAGUCUCCUGCCCAAAUCCGCAAGCUUACCAACGAUAACUUGAAGCUCGUUUUUGACUGUAUUUCACUCGAAGAUAGUACUGCUUUCUGUGAGGGUGCCAUUUCUACCGGUGGUGGUGACUAUAGCACCCUCCUUCCCGUCAAGAUUGCCCGCAAGAAUGUCCGCAGUCGUUCUACUCUGGGGUACACUGCUUUGGGUGAAGAUUUCUCAGUUGGACCUACCCCUUAUCCCGCUAAAUCCGAAGACUUUGAUCAUGCACAGCUUUUCACAGUGAUGAGCGAAUGGUUCUUGGCCAAUAGAAAGGUCAAAGUGCAUCCUCCUAAGGUUGGCAAGGACGGCUUGAAGGGUGUUUUGGAAGGACUUAAGCUGAUGAAGGAUGGCAAAGUCAGCGGAGAGAAGCUGGUUUAUAAUGUUGAUGAGACUCCUUAA